AGGCUUGAGGGGGGUGCUGGGGAAGCAGCUGAGAGGCAGAGGAACACGGCUCAGGAGCGUCUCAGGGCUCUCGGAUCUGGGGACAGAAGUGAGAUUGGAGAAAGUAGAGCGAUGCCAAGGAGGAAACAGCAAGCACCCAAACGGGCUGCAGGUUAUGUCCAAGAGGAAGAUUUAAAGGAAGAGGAAGAUAUAAAGGAGGAGGAAGAAGACGACGAUGACAACAACUCCACUGCUCAGCUGCAGGGCAGCAAUGACACUGGCACGGAUGAGGAGCACGAAGUGGGUCCUGAGCAGAAAGGGAACUUUAGCUUCCAGAAUUCCCCUGUCAGUCACAUAUCCAACCAGGACGCAGAGAACGAGUCACUCCUGAGUGACAGUAGCGACCAUGUGGCAGAGAUCAAAAGCAUCUGCUCCAGGGAGCCCCAGGAGCCCAAAGGCAGCGCCCACCCCAAAGCCCAGAGCGAAGCACACGACUGCAUGGAUAAAAUGACUGCAGUCUAUGCCAACAUCCUGUCGGACUCUUACUGGACGGGCUUGGGGCUGGGCUUCAAGUUGUCCAACUCUGAAAAGCGGAGCUGCGACAACAGGAACGGAGGGAACAAAGCAGAUUUCGACUGGCACCAAGACGCUCUGUCCAAAAGCUUGCAGCAGAAUUUGCCUUCCAGGCCUGUCUCCAAGCCCAACCUGUUCAGCUCGGUGCAGCUCUACAGGCAGAGCAGCAAAAUGUGCGGGACUGUGUUCACGGGCGCCAGCCGGUUCCGCUGCCGGCAGUGCAGCGCUGCCUACGACACCCUGGUGGAGCUCACGGUGCACAUGAACGAGACGGGGCACUACCAGGAUGACAACCACAAAAAGGACAAGCACAGACCUACCAGCUACUCCAAGCCCCGGAAAAGGGCCUUCCAGGACAUGGACAAGGAAGAUGCACAAAAAGUUCUGAAGUGUAUGUUCUGUGGUGACUCUUUCGAUUCUCUUCAAGAUCUGAGUGUUCAUAUGAUAAAAACUAAACAUUACCAAAAAGUGCCUUUGAAGGAGCCGGUACCAACCAUUUCUUCAAAAAUGGUCACUCCAGCCAAGAAACGUGUGUUUGAUGUGAACAGGCCUUGCUCCCCCGACUCCACGACGGGGUCUUUCUCCGACACCUUCUCUCCUCAGAAGAAUGCAAACCUGCAGCUCUCAUCCAACAACCGCUACGGGUACCAGAACGGGGCCAGCUACACCUGGCAGUUCGAGGCCUGCAAAUCCCAGAUUUUGAAGUGUAUGGAAUGUGGAAGCUCCCAUGAUACCUUGCAGCAGCUCACCACCCACAUGAUGGUCACUGGCCAUUUCUUGAAAGUCACGAGUUCAGCUUCAAAGAAAGGAAAGCAACUUGUUCUGGAUCCUUUAGCUGUGGAAAAAAUGCAGUCGCUGUCUGAAGCACCAGCCAGUGACAGCCCUGUUUCAAAAUCAAGUAAAUCAUCUGCAGAAUGCAUAGGUCCUGCCUCUGAACUUAAAAAAGAAAGUAAAAAAGAUAAAGCUGAUGAUGCAAACAAAGAUGAGAAAGCAAUGAAAACUGAGGAGUACGAAGACACUCUUCAGAAACCCCUGGAUCCCACAAUGAAAUACCAGUACCUGCGAGAAGAAGAUUUAGAAGACGGCUCAAAGGGCGGUGGGGACAUUUUGAAGUCCUUGGAGAACACUGUCACGACAGCCAUCAAUAAAGCUCAGAACGGAGCUCCCAGCUGGAGUGCAUAUCCCAGCAUCCACGCAGCUUACCAGCUCUCCGAGGGAGCCAAGCCCUCCCUGCCUGUGGGAUCCCAGGUGCUCCAAAUCAGGCCAACCAUGACCAAUAAAUUGAGGCCCAUAGCGCCCAAGUGGAAGGUGAUGCCUCUGGUCCCUAUCUCAGCAAACGUCAGCCAGUGCACUCAAGUGAAGAAGGAGGCUGAGGACAAGGAGGAGGCACAAAAGGACUUUGCUAAGGAGGGCGCCCAGGCUGAGCCAGCCUCGCUCAGCCAGAGUGAGAGGGAACCUCUCCUCAAAGCUGAAGCCUCUGCGGAGCCGAAAAAGAUAGAACCGUGUCCCUUGAAAGAAGAAGACAAAAUUAAAGAGGACAGUGGAAAAGAAAAGCCAGUCCUCAAGGAGGCACCAGCAGCUUCCCUCAGUAAUGGCUGUGCUGCUGCCAGCCAUUCCUCGGAGCUGCCCUGUGUGAACCCCCUGAGCGCGCUGCAGUCCGUCCUGAACAACCACCUGGGCAAGGCCACCGAGCCCUUACAGCCUCAAUCCAACUGCAGCCCCAGCUCCAGCACAAUUUCCAUGUUCCACAAACCCAAUCUAAACAUGAUGGAGAAACCGGUUUUAUCUCCCGCUCCAACCCCACCAAAGCCUGCAAGCGUUUCCAGGCACUAUUUGUUUGAAAACAAUGAUCAGCCUAUUGACCUGACCAAAUCCAAAGGCAAGAAAGCUGAGUCAGCUCAAGCACAAUCUUGUACUUCUCCACCUCAAAAGCACGCUCUGUCUGACAUCGCCGACAUGGUCAAAGUUCUUCCCAAAGCUACCACACCAAAACCUGCUGCAUCCUCAAGGAUCCCGUCCAUGAAGUUGGAAAUAGAUGUCCGGCGCUUCGAGGACGUCUCCACGGAAGUCUCCACCCUGCAUAAAAGGAAGGGCAGGCAGUCAAACUGGAACCCUCAGCAUCUGCUCAUUUUGCAAGCUCAGUUUGCUUCCAGCCUCUUCCAGACAUCCGAAGGUAAAUAUUUAUUAUCAGAUCUAGGCCCACAAGAGCGCAUGCAGAUUUCCAAAUUCACUGGACUGUCGAUGACCACCAUCAGCCACUGGUUGGCAAAUGUCAAGUACCAACUUAGGAAAACCGGAGGAACAAAGUUUUUGAAAAACAUGGACAAAGGACAUCCAGUCUUUUAUUGCAGCGACUGUGCAUCUCAGUUCCGAACCCCCUCUACUUACAUUAGCCACUUAGAAUCCCACCUAGGUUUCCAAAUGAAAGACAUGAACAGGCUGGCUGUGGAGCAGCAAACCAAGGUAGAGCAAGAAAUCUCCAGAGUUUCAGUUCAAAGAUCUCCUGAAACAAUAGCUGGAGAAGAGGACACAGACUCUAAGUUCAAAUGUAAGUUGUGCUGUCGGACAUUUGCGAGCAAACAUGCAGUAAAACUUCAUCUAAGCAAAACACACAGCAAGUCACCAGAACACCAUUCACAAUUUGUAGCAGAAGUGGAUGAAGAAUAACUCUUAAGGACCAAUGCCUUAGUCCCGCUGUCCAGCCCAGCUCCGCCCGGCCCCGACAUUGAACUCACAGCAACCCGGACCGAGGAGGCUGCCAAAAAACUCCUGCUAUUCUUCUUCAUCCUCACUAACAAUUUGGUAAUGAAGUAUUGAUUUCCACUCCCCUGCUUAUGGACGAUAUUAGAUUUUCAUUGAUAAACUGCACUGGGGCUGUCUGGUCUCCGCUGUCCCUUUUUGCUGUCACUAAAACAAAGUGCCACUGAAGUAAGAUAAUGACUGAGAACAUUGAUGUACUUAUUUCGUCAAUUUGUAACACUUGACAGGAAAAAAAAAAUUCUUCAUAGUUUAAUGUCCAAGUGUGCUACACAAGAUGCAGUCACAUUGGAAGCUUUACUUUUCAUGGUAAUGUCCAUUUCCUAUUUAUAACCCCUUUGGGAUAGUUUGUCUAAAGGAAAUGUUUCUAUUCUGUGCAGCUAUUACUGUUGCACCUGGGUUGCCCAAUCCAGUCAUUGCACUAGGGAUCAAUACAUCACAGUAAGUACAAGAAUUAUUAAGUUAAAACAGAUUCCGAGCCAAAAAACCUCUGAACAAUGUUAAUCUUCUGUGCAAGUUGUUCAAAUAGUUA